AUGCGUUCGCUUGGCCGCACGGCUCGUAGGGUUCCGCUGCAUGGAAAAUCAUCAACACCCUCCCUGUUAGUCAUGGACGACUAUCUUCGGAUUUCAGCGAAACAUUUUGAGCACUUGCAGCCUUCAAAACUACAAGUUGACGUAUCUGAUACCUACCUUCCUCAGCGAACUGCAGAGGAAAAAGGAAGUUUGGUAAAGAAGCUCUACCCAUACGAAAUCAUCUCUACCAUGCGUGAGCGAACCCCGUUCUCUGGGGAGCUACUACGCCAACUGCCCAACUUGAAGUUACUGUUAUGUACCGGUACUCAGUUUGAGACCUUUGAUCUAGAGACAGCCAAGGAUCUGGGAAUCACUGUCGCUUCAGCGCUAGGUCGGGGGCGGAGUGAUGGAACGCAGCAUAAGCAGGACAUCCGCAAAGGAGGAAGCCAUCCUGCCACUCAUCAUACCUGGGCCAUGAUUCUUGCUCUUGCUAGAAACAUUGCGACAGAUGAUGCUUCCAUCAAAGCUGGUGGAUGGCAAUCAGAUAUGGCCAUUGGUCUAUCCGGAAAGACUCUGGGAGUUGUUGGUCUGGGAAGGCUAGGAGCAGCAGUGGCGAGAAUCGGGUCUUUGGCCUUUGGUAUGAAGAUCAAGUGCUGGAGCAGCAGCUUGGACCAAUCCAGGGCUGAUGAAAUGACUGCUAAGCUUGGCUUGCCUAUUGUGGACGAGGAUGGCGACAAGACCUUUGAGGCAGUGAGCAAAGAAGAGCUUUUUGCAACUGCUGAUGUCGUCACUCUGCACUAUGUUUUGAGUGAACGCUCCCGUGGUAUUGUUGGCGCCAAGGAACUCAAGGCGAUGAAGAAGUCGGCGUUGCUGGUUAAUACCUCGCGUGGUGCACUCAUCGACGAGACGGCACUGCUCGAAGCAGCGAAUGACGGUUCCAUCCGCGGCGUGGCACUGGAUGUCUUUGAGUCUGAGCCUCUGCCUGCAGAUAGCCCAUGGCGUUCUCAGGACUGGGGAAAAGGUAAGAGUCGGGUUCUGUUAACGCCGCACAUGGGGUACGUGGAGGAGGGUAUUAUGAAUAACUGGUAUGCUGAACAGGCAGAGAAUGUCGAGAGAUGGUUAGACGGAAAGGAUGUUCUUUAUCAGUUGGUCUGA